AUGAACACCAUGCGCAAGCACUGGCAGAACAAGCACAGCUGGUCGCCAUAUCCCAGCCGUGGCCGUACAGCGCCACAAAAGCGUACGGCAGCACAGGAUGAGGUGGACAGAUCAUGCCAGAAGGUGCAGUUCCAGCAGGUAUUUGCAUCGCGCAAGGGCUCCCACUACAUACAGAUCCAGACUAAGGAGACUACUGAGCACACCGGCACGCCAGACCAGAACAGAGCCAGCCAUGUCAUUGAUGAGCUGGAGCGGUUUUACCGGGAACAGCAACGGCAGACCAGCAAUGUCAUCCAUGCCGGGGAGCACGAUGAAGCCAACCCAUGGCUGCGGCGGACCAGAUGGCCGGUGUACUUGACCAACAUCGCACCCAAUGAUCUGGUCAACUGCGUCCAGCGGCCCGAGGAUGACACCACGUGCCCAGAUGAACUGGCCGCGAGGGCCAUCUGGGAGGCCAUGGGUCAGGUUGCCCGUACCAGCCAGCGAGUCAUCACACGGCUGGGCCACUUCGUCCGCAUCGAGGCCAUCCGCACAGAGCGACACCAGACCCGGCACACCCCGUUGCAGGCAUACAUGGACGAGGAGAGGAGAGCAUCGCCGAGCACCCCACAGUACCGGUUUACACCACGGCAGCGCAAGACAUGGAGGGUAUUAUGGCAGGUAGCCACCACAGAGGGAGCCGACCAGCGACACCCCAUCAGCCCAGACCCCAUGGAUGAGCAGAUGACUGAGGAAGAAGAAGAGGAGGAGGAGAAGGGACAGAGAGAUACGCAGUCAGAAGAAGAAGAUAAGUUCAAAUCAACCAAGAUCCAGAUGGCAUGUUUGGAUUUUUGCAUUGAGCUGCUGAACCAGCGGGUUCAGGUGGAGGAUUAUGAGUGCGCACUGGUAGACGCGUUGGCGGUGCUGGGACGGGGGGAGUAUGGAUGGCGCGACGCGGAGAGCUACCCACCAAUAUUGUCACGGAUCAUCAAGGUGGCACGGUUCAUGGUGGUGCACAAGGCGCUGCGACUGGACGCCAAUGCAUCCGACAUUCUGGCCAGGAACCAAGCAAGCCAGAUGGUGGGAGAGUGGGCCGUGGUGAGCCCCAUGAAGGAGGCGGAUUACACGUUCACAGGCAAUCAGAAUGAAGGGUAA